UGCUAAAUUGUCACGUUUCUGAAGUGUCAGAGGCGGUGCCAGUGACAUACUGUACACGUUUGUUAUUGAUGGCAAUUACCUCUCGAAACGUUUUGUUACAGUACAUUGUUUUGAAUUAAGACCCAUUUGCAGCGUUUGUAAUCAAAAUGGACGUUAUUCUUUCGAAGCUUUUCGCUUCCGUAGGAGACGAGUUACAUGUUUUGGAUUGUAUGGCAUACCUCAUGAUUUUAAUGGCUGCUUGUACAUUCAUAACUUUACUCUUUGAAAACGUCCCUUAUGGCAGGUACGCAACAAGCAGAUAUGGAUUUCCCGUUAACGUCAAAUUCGCCUGGUUCGUUCAGGAAUUACCUGCAUUUCUGGUGCCACUAUGUCUUGUGUUGGGUACAUCUGCUUCGAAAACAACCCAUCUUCCCAAUCGAUUACUGCUGGCUAUCUACUUCUGUCACUAUACUCAAAGAUCUCUUAUCUAUCCAUUUUUAAUUCGUGGAGGGAAAUCUACACCAUUUGCAUCGUUUGCCCUGGCCUUUGUAUUCUGCGUCUAUAAUGGCUACAUGCAGGUCAGAUACCUGAGCCACUACGCGGACUACCCUGCGGAUUGGGUCACCAGCCCGUACUUCAUCACAGGCUCGUUGCUCUGGUUGGUGGGUUGGUUGGUGAACAUUCACUCAGACCACAUCCUGAGGAAUCUAAGGAAGUCAGGAGAGACUGGUUACAGGAUACCGCAAGGUGGUCUUUUUGAGUAUGUGUCUGGAGCUAACUUCUUUGGGGAGAUAACGGAGUGGGCAGGGUUUGCCCUGGCAGGUCAGUCUGUCCAGGGCGUGUCGUUCUUCAUCUUCACCCUCAGUGUCCUCGCCAGCAGGGCUUUUGCUCACCACAGGUGGUACCUUCAGAAAUUUGAAGACUACCCCAAGUCCAGGAAGGCGUUGGUACCAUUCAUAUUAUAAUGAAGCACUGUGAUGGGCUGAACAACAGCUCAACCCAAUGAACUGUGACCUUAUGUUAGACUCUAUUUAGGUUAGUUGUUGCUGCUUGUUUGUUUUUUUUCUUCAGGAGAACACUCAGAGCAUGAACACUAAAUGAGUACUGACAAUGCUAUUCACUAGGAAAAUAAGAGCUCUAAACUACAACCCCAUUGUAAUGAUUUUAUAUAAAGUACUCUCAUGAAGGCAAUGCCAAGAAAAAGCUAUUUAUUUUAUUUAACUUCCAUUUCGUCCAAUUGUGGCGGGAGAUAGUGUUAUUGACAUGGUUUUAGUUGCAACCUGAUCUCUCUGUUUCAUGUGGAUAUUUGACAUAUUGUACCAACAUAUGGUAACAGGUUUCUGGACUGAAAACACAUACCUCAACAGUUAACAGUAAAGGCAUUUCAUCCUGACUGUUUCGGCCAGUUUUACACCCAACCAUGUUAAACAAAGCUGUUUGGCGUCUAGAGUGCUAGCACCUUAAACUGAAUUUUCCGAAAGAGGGAAGGAUGAUAGUGGUGGCUGAUUGGAGUAGACCGCCACCACUCACUCUGUAGCUUGCUGGAUGGUAUCUUCUACAGCAGAGGUCUCAAACCGGUUCCACGGAGGGCCAUGUGUCUGCAGGUUUUUGGGUUUUCCUUUAAAUUGGUUCC